AUGGUUGGCAAAAAGCAAAGCAUAAAAGAAGCUAUUACUGAUAAUAUUGUGCAUAUUAUAAAGAGGUAUUCUUAUGGAUAUUGUCCCAAUACUAAGGCAUUAAGGAUACUUGAGAGAAACAUUGCAAAAAAUACUAUUGUCCAAAAUAGACUAGAGUUAUAUGAAAGGUAAUGCUUCAAGGUUUCAUUCUUAAGUGCAACUGUUGUCAAGCUAAAAGCCACCAUCAAUAUAACAUAGCACAUUGAUCCAAAUAUUAAAGACAAUUUUGCUCCUAGAUUCCGCACAUACUUUGGAGUAAUAAAUGAGAACAUUCCAAACAGGAAAUAUAUCAAAGCUAAGCUAUAAAAUCCAAGAUUAUUGAACCCACUUUCUCGAAGAGACUUUGUAGAAAUAUUUAUCACUGCUGCAUUUGAAAGGAUUAAUACGAAAAAGCAGCCUGAUAGUGAAAGCACCGCUUUAAUGUGA